UGGUGUUAUGAUAUUAGCAUGCAUUCAGUGAGCAAAUAAUGUAGGCCUACUUGCAGAAAACACUACUGUACAAACGACUAAAAAGAUAAUAUUGCAGUACAAGACUUCCUGUCGUCAAUGCCGCUGAUAAGAGUUUCCAGAUGUGUGGGCUUCUCUCAGUCGUGUCUACUUGUCUACUAAGCUUGUGCUGGUUCUUUGUUCUAAGAAUCCCCUCCUCAUUCAUCAGUUCAUACCAGAAGGACAGGAAAUAACCAUCUAAAUAAUCCCACUCCACUGUUACCCACCCCGACCCACGAAGCCCUCGGCUACUAAUCUUGUCAGCUGCAUGGAAGCUGUGCUGGAGUGUUAGGGGACCACAGAAACCCUAAUGAGAUUGGCUCUGAUGAAGAGAAGGAUACCAUGAUUAGCUUGCUAUAUUCCUCUUGGAAGCAUUUAGGGAUUUGGGUGCUGACAGCCUGCCACAAGCAGCAAGAAAAAAUCUGCUUACCGAAAGUGACGUGGGUUGAAAUCUCGCAUUCACAAAGAAGUCGGUAUGUCCAAUGAUCCAUGUGGGGAAGGAGCACAGCCAAGCUAAUAGGAUUGGCUGGUUCACACAGGAAGAUCAGUAAAGCCCUCCCCAAUCCUAAGCUAAGACUUUUGAGGUGGACAAGGAGGAAUUAGAGGGGAUAGAACAACCAAAGGAGGAAGCAAGUCAGUCCGCUUCAGUCUCUGUGCCUGUCUCUAUCUACUCGUCCAUCCCAAGGCAGGUCAGUCACAACCAGAAGGGGAAUCAACACUUUUGCAGCCCUCCCCCUACCACGUGAUCCAAGGUACAGGGCUACCUGCAUCCAUUUCUCUGUCAGCAAAGCACAGGGAAAGCCGGCAAAAUUUCUUACCUUGAGGAACUUGACAGGGAAGCGUCUGACGACGAGAUGGGUAGCGGAGCGAGUGCAGAAGAUAAGGAAAUGGCCAAGAAGUCCAAAGAGCUGGAAAAACAGCUCCAGGAAGAUGCUGAUAAAGAAGCCAAGACGGUCAAGCUUCUGCUGCUGGGUGCCGGUGAGUCAGGGAAGAGCACCAUUGUAAAACAGAUGAAAAUUCUCCAUCAAGGUGGUUAUACAAAAGAAGAACAAAUGGAGUUUCGAUCUAUUAUUUUUGGCAAUAUUCUGCAGUCUGCUCUGGCCAUCAUCAGAGGCAUGGAGAUGCUGGACAUCAACUUUGGAUCACCAUCAGCACAGGAGGACGGUCAAAAGCUCCAGAACUUGUCUGACUCCAUUGAGGAGGGCACCAUGCCUCCAGAGUUGGCAGAUGUCAUCAAGAGGCUAUGGAAGGAUUCAGGCGUGCAGGCCUCUUAUGAAAGAGCUGCUGAGUACCAGCUGAACGACUCCGCUGGAUACUACUUGGCCGAAAUGGACAGAAUCUGCAAACCCGACUACCUCCCUACUGAGCAGGAUGUGCUGAGAUCUCGAGUCAAGACUACUGGUAUCAUUGAGGAAAAUUUCUCCUGCAAAGAGCUCCACUUCAGGAUGUUUGAUGUGGGAGGCCAGAGGUCCGAGAGAAAGAAGUGGAUUCAUUGUUUCGAAGGUGUGACUUGCAUCAUCUUCUGUGGAGCCCUGAGCGCUUACGACAUGGUGCUGGUAGAAGAUGAUGAAGUGAACCGCAUGCACGAGAGUCUCCAUCUCUUCAACAGUAUCUGCAACCACAGGUUCUUCGCCACAACUUCCAUUGUGCUUUUCCUCAACAAGAAAGAUCUCUUCCAGGAGAAGAUCAAGAAAGUCCACCUGAGCAUCUGUUUCCCUGACUAUGAUGGUCCAAACACAUAUGAAGAUGCCAGCAACUACAUCAAGACUCAAUUUCAGGAUCUGAACAUGAAGAAGGGUGUGAAGGAGAUCUACGCACACAUGACCUGUGCCACGGACACAAAGAACGUCGAGAUCGUGUUUAACGCUGUGACAGACAUUAUCAUCAAAGAAAACCUUAAGGACUGCGGUCUGUUCUAAACACUAUCGACUUUUUCAAAGUUAUUUUCCAGAUCUUUCUACCCCAUCCCCACCUGAAUGAUUGGAUUUACUCUGAUGAAGUUGCCACGGUAACAAAAGAACAUGCACAGGUGGCAUGAAGGUGAACUCUACAGCAAGCAGUCAAGUGUGGUCAGCGGAUCCCCGGGCAAAAAACAACCUCAACAUACCAACCAAACCUCAGAGACUAGAUCCAGAUUAGACUAAUGGCCUCUGCUCUCCAAAGGGACUCUAAAAAACUGCUAGUAGAGUCAAUAACAGAAGGAUUACCAAAGAAAGGGGACUUUUGAUGCUAUGAGUUAAUGAUGCUUGUAGAGAAGCUCCUCUCACUGUGUUUUAAUGUUAAACCUAUAGAGGUUUGACUGUUAGAUGUUUUUUUUUUUUUCAUACAUUUCCAGAGAAAGAAAAGUAAAUUUAAUGCAAUUAAAUUCUGAUGUAAUAAAGACAUUGUAGUGGAACAUCAGAUCCCAUGGUAAUAAUUAGAAACACGUACAGUGCUGCGCAGCGUCUGGUCUCUUUUGAGAGAGGAAAAACUUGCAUAUCAUCAAGACCUGAUUGUUUGAAUUUAACCAGCUCACACAAUAUGUGAAAGAUGUUUCUUUUUCAGCCCCAAACUUAGUAGGGCAGUAUGUUUUGUAAAUAAGAGUAGGCAAAAAAAAAAAAAUCUGUUUCCAGAACAUUCUAUAUAAAAUAUAUAUGGAGACAUAAAUAUAUAUUUAUGAUACAGUAUUACAGUAACAAGUGAAAAUUCUAGAAUGGCCUGUUGCUUUGUUUUAAACCUGAGGUCUGAAUUUGUGGAGAUGUCCUGGAAUGUAAAUGUAGGCACAUGAAAUAAAGACUUGCAUCAAUUCCA